AUGGCACGUACCAAGCGAGGAAGGAAAACACAGAAGAAAAACCCGCAAGUUACUGUUGAGGUGGUGGAAGAGCAGCCGGAGUUAGGAGAUGAUAGACCUGUGGAAGAACAGCCGGAGUUAGGAGAUGAUGGACCUGUGGAGGAGCAAACGGAAUUAGGAGGUGAUGGACCUUUGGAAGAUGAACAGAACAAGGCAAAUAUGCAGUCGGCUCAACAAGUACUUGAUCGUGAAGAGGAGGAAGACCAUGAAGGUGAAAUUGAGUUAUCAGAAAAUGAUGAGGCUGGAGCUGAACCUAGCCGUAAGAGACAGCGAGGUCCGACUAGGAUGAAAGACAUAGCCAAGGAUCCAAACAACAAACUGCGAGUAGAGUUCACUUUUACGGGAGAACCAUAUGGUUUUGGUUCAGUAAAAUUGUCUUCAUACUUAGGUCCACUGGUCCGAGAACAUGUUCCUGUGACACUUACAAGUUGA